GGCGGCAGCAGCGGGACCCUCAGCUCGCCUCCCCAGCGCCAUGGCCGCGCGCUCCCGGCGCCCGUGGCUCAGCGUGGCGCUGGGGCUGGUGCUGGGCUUCACCGUCGCCUCGUGGCUCGUCGCGCCCAAAGUGGCCGAGCUGAGCGAGAGGAAAAGGCGAGGCGGCGGCGGCGGAGGAGGAGGCGGCGGCGUGAGUUCCGCCGGGGCGGGCGUCGUCGGCGGCCGCCUCUGCGCUUUCUACGGCCGCGCGGCUGCGCUGCCCGCGGACAAGAGGCAGCUGCGCCCUGAGGCGGCCGAAGCGGAGCAGCAGAGGCGGGAACCGGAGGGCCAGCCCCCGCCCGCUUUCGCCGUGGCAGCCGCCGGAGAAGGAGACCCGUCGCCCCCGCCGCCGCCGCCUCUGGAGGAGGAGGAGGAGGAAGAAGAGGAAGAAGGCGCCGGGCGCCACGGCAGCAGCAGCCACAACGGCAGCGGGGACUACGCGGGCGCGCCGGGCUGCGCGCCCCGCGGCCGCUUCCUCUACGUCGGAGUGAUGACCGCGCAGAAGUACCUGGGCAGCCGCGCGCUGGCGGCGCAGCGGACGUGGGCCGCCUCCAUCCCCGGCCGGGUGGAGUUCUUCUCCAGCCAAGGCUCGGUGCCUCCGGCCGCCACGAGAGGGGAGCGGCCGCUACCCGUGGUCGCCUUGCCCGGCGUGGACGACUCGUACCCGCCGCAGAAGAAGUCCUUCAUGAUGCUCAAGUACAUGCACGACCACUACCUGGACGCCUACGAGUGGUUCAUGCGCGCCGACGACGACGUCUACAUCAAAGGGGAAAAAUUGGAAGAGUUCCUUCGGUCACUGAACAGCAGUAAACCUCUCUAUUUGGGCCAGACAGGACUGGGGAAUAUUGAAGAACUUGGAAAACUGGGCCUUGAGCCAGGGGAGAAUUUCUGCAUGGGAGGACCUGGGAUGAUCUUCAGCCGCGAAGUUCUUAGGAGAAUGGUGCCACAUAUAGGUGAAUGCCUUCGAGAAAUGUACACUACUCACGAGGAUGUGGAAGUGGGCCGAUGUGUUCGGCGGUUUGGUGGAACUCAGUGUGUCUGGUCGUAUGAGAUGCAGCAGUUGUUCCAUGAAAACUAUGAACACAACCGGAAGGGUUAUAUACAAGAUCUUCACAACAGCAAAAUUCACACAGCAAUUACACUUCAUCCAAAUAAAAGGCCAGCCUAUCAGUAUAGGCUUCACAAUUACAUAUUGGCCCGUAAAAUUUCUGAAUUGCGUUAUCGUACCAUCCAGCUUCACCGGGAAAGUGCCCUAAUGAGCAAGCUCAGUAACGAUGAAAUCAGCAAAGAUGACCAGCUUCUUGGAAUGAUGCCAUCUUUCAACCGCUUUCAGCCACGUGACAGGAAUGAAGUCAUUGAAUGGGAAUUUUUGACUGGAAAGCUGCUUUACUCAAUGGCUGAGAAUCAGCCACCUAGACAGAGUAUUAAUAGCAUCCUGCGGGCAGCAUUAGAUGAUACUGUAAUGCAGGUAAUGGAAAUGAUCAAUGAGAACUCUAAAUCUAGAGGAAGGCUGAUUGACUUCAAUGAAAUACAGUAUGGAUACCGUAGGGUUGACCCUUUGCAUGGUGUGGAAUACAUUCUGGAUUUGCUUCUUUUGUAUAAGAGGCACAAAGGAAGAAAAGUCACUGUUCCAGUUCGGCGCCAUGCCUACCUUCAACAAUUAUUUAGUAAACCAUUUUUCAAAGAGGAAGAAGAGCUGGAUGUAAGAAGCCUGGUAGAAAACGUGAACAGCGACAUGCAGUCUUUCUCCUUCCUUUCUAAUUCUCUGAACAUUUUUUCAUCAUUCCAAGGCACCAAAGAAAUUGGGGGAAGCAGUGACAAGAAGAUUCACAUUCUUGUCCCUCUCACAGGGAGAUACGAUAUAUUCCUAAGAUUUAUGGAGAAUUUUGAAAUGACCUGCCUUAUUUCCAAGCAGAACGUAAAGCUGGCAGUCAUUCUCUUCAACUCUGAUUCUGGUCAGGAUUCCAGCAAACACACAGAGCUGAUCAAUGAAUAUCAAAAGAAGUAUCCUAUGGCAGACAUGACCGUCAUUCCAAUGUCGGGAGUUUUCUCUAGAGGUUUGGGUCUUGAAAUGGCCGCCUCUAAGUUUGACAAUGACACUUUGCUGCUAUUUUGCGAUGUUGACCUGAUAUUUACCCCCGAUUUUCUCCAGCGGUGUAGAGCUAACACCAUUCAAGGACAACAGGUUUAUUAUCCUAUUAUUUUCAGUCAGUAUGACCCCAAAGUAACACAUGGGGGCAACCCUCCAGCGGACAGCAACUUUGUUUUCACAAAGAAAACUGGGUUUUGGAGGGACUAUGGGUUUGGGAUUACCUGCAUUUACAAAAGUGACCUUGUGAAUGCUGGUGGAUUUGAUACCUCUAUUCAAGGCUGGGGACUAGAGGAUGUAGACCUCUUUACUAAAGUAAUAAAUUCUGGACUUGAGGCUUUUAGGAGCCAAGAAGUGGGAGUUGUACAUGUAUUUCAUCCAGUUCAUUGUGAUCCCAACCUAGAUCCUAAACAAUACAAGAUGUGUUUGGGGUCCAAAGCAAGUACAUUUGCCUCUGCCAUGCAACUAGCUGAAAUAUGGCUAGAAAAACAUUUAGGUGUCAGGUAUAACCGAACACUCUCCUGACAUUCUAACUUGUUCUGCCAUCCUAGGGGAUUUUACCUCAUUCCUUCUUUCUUUUUGUUUGUUGCAUUCUUACAACUCCAUUUUUGUCUUCCAAAGGAUAUGUUUUUGACUUCAAAUGAACAGAGUCUGCUGUCGGGAACAUUACAGAUUCCUACUGAACUGAUUCAGUGUGGUGUCUUUCUACUCCCUUUGAUCAAUAAACUGAGUGAAAUCAUGGCAAUCAAAUAAUCCCACGGAGCACAUCCGUCACGUGGAGCUGCAUCAGAAGAAUGUUCUCUUUGGGCUGUAGGAUUCCAUAUCAAUCUUCAUCAUGUCUGUCAAACUUAAUGUGAUACAAAUAUUUUCUGGUGAAGAUACCACAAAAGUGCUUUAUGCUUCCUCUGGGAAAGAGACUCUGCCAAACUUGAGUUUUAUAAUUUAUGUGAGAACUAAAAUAAACAGUAUUAUUCUUCAUCUUUAUAAUUUUUAAAGUAAACAAAUAACUGACUGUAUCUCUAUUUUUUUAAAAAAGAGGAAAAACCACAUACAAACUGAGGGUUUUCUUUCCUAGUGCAACUGGUACUGGCUACCAAGAACCUUAAAUGUCGUACGCGAAUGAUCUCCUUAUUACCGUCUACUCUGAAUGCAAUUGGACUGUGUUUUCUCAAGGAAGCAUGACUUAGUCAAAUAUUUACAUAUGCUGAGAAGGUUUCUGAACCAAUGUCCUUCAUUUGCUGGCAAGAAGAAAUCAUGACACAAUGUGGUUAUUUAUAAUAAAAGUACAGACACACCAUAUUUUUUUGUCAAAGACAAGAAUAUGUUGCUUUGUCUCUGUUUAGAAUGAGCCUCUAAUAUAUAAAUAAUUUUAUAUUUUGUUCCUUUCAUAAGACUGCACUUGAUACAAAGGGAAAUAAAAGGGUACUUAAUAUUGUCUUUUUAUAAUUGUGCAUUAAUAUUGAUAUUCUGAACCAAUCCUUGUUAAACUUAAAAGGAAAUGUAAUUAUUUAAGUAUGAAAUGACUAUUGCUGGUCAAAGUUCUUGCCAAUAUAUUUAUAUUAGUGAAGAUUUAUAGGAAAUGGAAUGUGUUAAGACCUCUCUCUGAAGAAUACAGAAAUGUCAAGGUAUAUUGGGGGAAUGCUGAAUGGAAAAUCAAUUAGAUACCAAAAUGUUAGGUCUGUUUUGUUGUAUUAUUAAUAUUAUUAUUAUUAUUUUGUAAAAGCAAAGGAACAGCCAUUUCAAACCAUUUCUUGCUCAAAUUCUUUUAAACUGCAUUUAUGACAGAGAGGUAGAAUAUUUUGUAACAAAACUGUUCUAAGAAUCCAGAGGACAGAUCCAAGAAAUGUAAAAAAAAUAAUAAUCAAAAUGCAUAUGUAAUAUAAUGCAAACAACAGGGAAUCUGAGCAUAUCAUAUUUAUGGAUGUUUUAAGGAAGCAACCCCCCUUACAAUAUGUGUUCAAAUGCAUCAUAUGCAUCUCUUUUGGUUAUAAUAACCUUUGAUCCUAUUUCCGUAAGUUUCCAAUGAAUCACAAAUCAGCAAAUGCCACUCUUGAAUGGGCUCAUAAGGCUUGUAAGGAAAUGAAAGGGGAAGGGCAUUAAAGCGUGUAUCCUCAAAACUCCUUUUAAAAAUGACAAGGUCCUACCUAGCACAAUCAUGUAUCUAGAUCAGGCAUAGGCAAACUUGGCCCUCCAGAUGUUUUGAGACUACAAUUCCCAUCGUCCCUGACCACUGGUCCUGUUAGCUAGGGAUGAUGGGAGUUGUCAUCCCAAAACAUCUGUAGGGCUGAGUUUGCUUAUGCCUGAUCUUGAUACCCUUAAACCAGCAUGAAUUGUAACUGGAGAGACAUCACAUAGAUGUAAGAACUAGAAAAAUAUUGUGAAUUGAGUAGAAUAUUUAAGUCAGAGCACCAUUGUCCCCUGAAUAUUAUCACCAGGUUCCCAAAGCCUUUUUCUGCCAUAUUUUAAUCUUCCAUUCUUCUUGGUGUUGGGGACCUAUGUUGCUGUUCUUAAAUUAUGAUUUACUGUCCCUGCCCUUCGUCUCUCAGAAUCUCCCUGCAGAUCUGAACAAUCACAUUUCACAGUCAUUUGCGCAUUUCAUGGCUAGCAAUCCAUACUAGUUCAAAAACAAGCGAGGCACACCCUUCCACCAAGCACUAGCAGUUUCUCUCCUCUUGUGGUUGAGCGUUGCUACAUGUUGCGCCCUGCAUUGCUUGCGCACUUCAUCGAAACCAGGUUGGUGCUGUCAUGAAAUAACUAGCAUCUAGGGCUUUGUCCCUGACAUAUAUUUAGCCUAAGGUGUAAAACCUUCUGGCAGAUGACAUUCUCAUAAAUUCUUGCAUGCAUAAUAAAAGUUUAGGUUUAUCAAAAACUUCACUAAUGCAAAAGCUAGAUCUGGGUAAGCCAACACAUUAGAUUGAUGUGUCCAUCAUAGUACUCCCAUCGCCUUAUAUGAAGCCAGAUUAGGCAUCACUCAUUUUUCUGGCAUUUAGACAAGAUGUUGAAAGGCAGAAGAACUCACAGUCUCAGUCCUUUGUCUCUGAAAUAUGUUGUUCCCCAGUUACUGAUCCAAAUUCUUCAAAUUGAAAUACGUAACCAUAUGUCAAAGCCAAAACCUUUACUUUCCAGGAUCUGCACAUUCUUAUGUUGUUCUGUUUUAAUUUAUCCAGCCAAGCCAAGCUUUGUUUGAAACUCCAGAUAAUUUACAAUUUGACUAUAUAUGUGUGUCAUUUGACUGUGCACAGUAUUUGAAAAACUAAGCUCAUUUCUGAUGGCAAAUAAGUCCUGGCAGUCUGUCUUAAUUAUUCCUUUAUAUACCUGCUAAAAUAUUUGUGCUCACCUUUGGACUAAAUUUACAUUGUUUGAUCAGACUAAAUUGCACCAUAGAACAUGAACUGAACUGGGUGACUGCAGAGGGAGUUCUGUGUAUUAAGGACUUGCCGGAUCGGGUCCUGUGUUGAAAAAAAACUUUAAAAUGUUAGUUCCUACUAUUUAGAGAUAUUUAUUUAGUGUAUGACGAAUUCAUUUGUUUAUAUGAUGGAUUUCUUUGUUACAAACUGGAUUAUAAAUGUUUGUUAUAAAAUAUUGCAUUGUGUUUGGAAUAACUGUUCUCAGAUAAAUCGUGGUAGCUAUUUUGUGGUAGCAGAUACCUUCUAUAGAUGACAUUGACAUAAUGGUUGUAGUCUACUGGAGUUUUGCCAUGUCCAAGUCCUAGUGGGUGAAUAGGAGCUGUGCCCAAAAGAUUACAGCUGUUGUCCACUCCAAAGGAUCCUGCUGAAUUGCAGGUUGAUUCCUGCUGAGUUACACCCAGAAUUAGAAAAUACAACACAGCAUUAUGCUGUGAACAUACAUCUCAAAACUACAUUAUCCUACAGUUCCCCCCUUUCAUCUAGUCUCUUGUUCAAGCAUCACUGCUUAUGUUUCUGGCGUGUCUUUUUGACAGUAUAGAUAGUAAUAGCCAAUUUCUCCAGAUAUCCUGAAGAUAAAAUGAUACUUUAUUUCUCACACAAUUCUCUGUUAAUUUAUGGUUGGGGGGGGGAAUGUGUAAUUUGAAGUGCAAAUGAAAACUGAGAUAUUUUGUCCUCUCAAUUCAAAUUAGUUUUCAUUGUAGUUUAAUUAGCAGUAGAUCUGUCAGAGAAACUUUGGUGCUAGCUAGUCAUGUUGAUUUUAGCCAUUUGCUUUUGGUACAAGUUUUACGAGAGACUUAAUGAUGCUGCAAAGGUGUUCCCUCCUCUUGAAACAGUUUGGAAUAUUGCAACUGAGAUCAACAGUCAUGUGGGACUUAGGACCCUGUUUUAUGUAAAAUUCCCAAUUGCCAAGGACAAAUGACUGCAUAUAAGAGUAGGAUAUAUUCACUCCCUCCCAAUCACACCCACAACUCAUUACUUCAAGAAUUGCAUUGUAAAAUACUAUCUGCCCAAUUACACAUUACCCAGCCCCAUGAAAGCAGUCAGUAGGUUUUAAGAAGAAAAACAUAUUAAACCUGUUCAACAUAA